AGGGGAAGCAAACAGAAAAUUGUGGAGGUUUUGGUGGUGUGCAACAGAGGAACAUGGCUCAAGAAACUAAUCACAGCCAAGUGCCUAUGCUUUGUUCCACUGGCUGCGGAUUUUAUGGAAACCCUCGUACAAACGGCAUGUGUUCCGUGUGCUAUAAAGAACAUCUUCAAAGACAGAAUAGUAGUAAUGGUAGAAUAAGCCCACCUGCAGCUUCUGUCAGUAGUCUGUCUGAAUCUUUACCCGUCCAGUGCACAGACGACAGUGUCCCGGAUGCCCAGUCACCGCUAGACUCCACGUCUGCAUCUGUGCAGCCAAGCCCUGUAUCAAAUCAGUCACUUUUAUCAGAAUCUGUAGCAUCUUCCCAAGUGGACAGUACAUCUGUGGACAAAGCAGUACCUGAAACAGAAGACCUGCAAGCUUCAGUAUCAGAUACGGCACAACAGCCAUCUGAAGAGCAAAGCAAGUCUCUUGAAAAACCAAAACAAAAAAAGAAUCGCUGUUUCAUGUGCAGGAAGAAAGUGGGACUUACUGGGUUUGAAUGCCGGUGUGGAAAUGUUUACUGUGGUGUACACCGUUACUCAGAUGUACACAAUUGCUCUUACAAUUACAAAGCUGAUGCUGCUGAGAAAAUCAGAAAAGAAAAUCCAGUAGUUGUUGGUGAAAAGAUCCAGAAGAUUUGAACUCCUGCUGGAAUACAAAAUCCUUUGACCAUCUGCAAACUAAAAAUUGACUUGAGGGUUUUUUUUUCCUAGUCAUUGGGAAUGUAGAGCAAUGUAUCUUGCAUAGACCUUUUAAUCAUGCAUGUCAUCAGAAGAAUAGAUUUUUGUUUUUGUUUUGAAAAUGACUCUGAACAUUUAUUUCCAUUGCAGUUUCUGUGGCUGAAAAGACUUAAGUAAACUUUACAAGUAUUAUCCUUUUAAGAUCAUUUUAAUUUUAGUUGAGUGCAGAGGGCUUUUAUAACAAACGUGGAGAAAUUUUGGAGGGCCGUGAUUUUUCCAGUAUUAAACAUGCAUGCAUUGA